AAAUGAAUGAGAAAUUAGUUUGGAGAUGAGCAACCUGUGGGUUAGUUUCAGCUGUGGCUCGUGAGUUGCCAGUGUGUAACCAUGGCCUCGUCCACAUUGGUUCGCACUAAAAUUGUGCAGAGACUGCAGAAAGCUUCGCGGAGGGCUUAUUCCGAAGCAGCAUAUCCAAAAAUCACAACGCAUUACACGGUGGUGCCAAGAGAGACUGAUCCGAGAUGGAAAGAAGUUAAUAUGGAGAGAUUCGUCGACGAGACUGAUAUUCUUAUAGUCGGUGGGGGACCAGCCGGUAUGUCGGCUGCUAUACAAGCAAAAAGAGUGGCUGAAAAGCACGGGAAAGACUUGAGGGUGACCCUCGUCGAAAAAGCUUCGAACGUCGGAGGUCACAUUUUGAGUGGAGCUUGUAUCGACCCCGUUGCUCUGAACGAACUCUUUCCAAACUGGAAAGAAUUGGGAGCUCCUCUCAACACCCCGGUGACCGAAGACAAGUUUGCUAUUCUCACGGAAAAAGGCCGCAUUCCCUUGCCCAUUGUCAAGGGCAUGCCGAUGUAUAAUCACGGCAAUUACAUUGUCAGAUUGGGCCACGUCGUUUCCUGGCUCGGUGAGCAGGCCGAAGCUGCUGGCGUAGAAGUCUACGCUGGCUAUGCAGCUUCCGAAGUGCUUUAUCAUGAGGAUGGUUCAGUCAAGGGUAUCGCAACCAACGACGUUGGAAUUGCUAAAGAUGGCUCGCCGAAGGAAACUUUCGAGAGAGGCAUGGAGCUCCACGCUAAAUGCACCAUAUUCGCCGAGGGCUGCCAUGGUCAUCUAACAAAACAAGUUUCGAGAAAAUUGAACCUUAGAACGGAAUGUGAGCCCCAGAGUUACGGCAUCGGGCUGAAAGAAGUCUGGGAAAUUCAACCAGAAAAACACAGACCCGGGGCAGUCGAGCACACGAUUGGUUGGCCUCUGGAUAAGAAUACAUACGGAGGUUCCUUCCUCUACCACCUAAAAGAGGAGACACCACUGGUCGCUGUUGGUUUUGUUGUUGGCCUCGAUUACAGUAAUCCUUAUUUGCAUCCCUUCAAAGAGUUCCAGAGGUUUAAGAACCAUCCGGUUAUAAGGCCAACGUUCGAAGGUGGAAAGAGGAUAGCGUAUGGAGCCAGAGCCCUGGUGGAGGGUGGCUUCCAGUGCAUUCCAAAGUUGCAAUUCCCAGGUGGUUGUCUGGUCGGAUGUACCGCGGGAUUUCUGAAUGUGCCAAAGAUCAAAGGUGUUCACAAUGCGAUGAAGAGUGGUAUGCUCGCGGCCGAGAGUGUCGUUGAGGCAAUCGUCGAUUCCGAGGCGAAUACACCGACGACUAAAGGGCUGGAGCCUAAAAAUUAUACGGAAAAAAUAAAAAACAGUUGGAUCUACGGAGAGUUGAAAGCGGUGAGAAAUUUCCGGCCGAGUUUCCACUCCGGACUGGGGAUGUACGGUGGCCUCGCAUACUCAGGAUUUUCAAUGUUGCUGGGCGGUCGUGAGCCUUGGACUUUGUCCCACGGCGGUGCUGAUCACACUAAAUUGAAACCAGCGUCGCAGUGUCUACCGAUCGAUUAUCCGAAACCUGACAAUGAAGUCUCCUUUGAUCUUCUCUCUUCGGUCGCACUCACCGGCACGAACCACGAAGGUGACCAACCACCGCAUCUCACUCUUGCCGAUGACAGCAUUCCGAUCAACAGGAAUUUAGCCAUUUUCGACGGUCCUGAAGGACGCUUUUGCCCUGCUGGCGUUUACGAGUUCGUCCCUCUGGAGCAGGGCGACGGUCAGAGGCUACAAAUCAAUGCCCAAAAUUGUAUUCACUGUAAAACAUGCGACAUCAAAGACCCGAGCCAAAAUAUCAAUUGGGUGGUACCCGAAGGUGGUGGUGGUCCGGCUUACAACGGAAUGUAAAGUUGCGUCAAUCUGCUGUGAAUGAAAUAGGAUUUCGAGAUAGAAAAAUUAUUUCUAUAAUUUUAUCGCAAAAGUGCAAAGAUAUUUUUUAUACGAUUUAUUACGCUAUUCCGAGUCUUCCGAAAUCGGGUUGUGAACAGACUCGUUUCACUGACUCUUGUGUACAUUUGUAGGCUAAAUUUUUUCGUUUAUUUUCUUGGUAUUUUCCAAUCGCAAGCAAAUCAAUGCAAAACUGUAGAAAAAAAUGCUGGUCAUAUAAAACCCUCCGUUUUGGAGAGACUGUAUGCUCCGACAUUGUAAUUAGCGGUGGCUUUUUCAAAUUAUUUUCUUCUCAAUUGUACAUAAUUCGAGAUAUAUUAAAAACGGUAGAAAUAAUUUUAAGCAAAUCCUCAAUAUUGUUGUCUUCGAAUACGUAAAUCAUAAUUAAACUUGUAUCGUCACUUCCUAACUGUUCUAUUGACACCGAUUGUUUAAAAAAAUUUCGUUUUUCUAUCAUCCACGUACGGUUAUUGUCGGACAGGACAAAUCUGAUUUUUUUAUUAAAUUAAAUAAACAAAGAGCCUUGUGACUUUUU